CCCACCCUACCCAUUGCCAUCCCUACCCCUCUCCUUUCUUUCUCUCGCUAUUGUUUCUCCGGUCCGGUCUUGUCCUUUUCCUUCAUCCAGCCAAGCCAACCACAGAGAAUUAGCGAGAAGAGAAUGGUGGAUGCAGAAGCUCCCAAAACUCAGCUAAAAAGAUUGAAACUUUUGUGUGGGUGUGGAUAUGAACCAAUCCCACGUGGAUACCUAAUACCUAUUACCCGCCAUUUAACAUGCAUCCAUCUCAUCUUUUCCCUUCUCCACUCUGUACUGUUAUCCAGAAAAUCUUCUUUCAGCCUAAUCUUUAUUUGUACGCACCCUGUAAUUACAUUCCAUGCCAAUGAAAUUCCUAUUUUUGAUGGGUACCCAUGAAAGGCCAUUUUAGUGAGAUGAGAUUCCUUUAUUGUAAGGCUGAGAAUUGGAGCCCCCACUGUUUUGUCCUCUUCUUUGAAUGUGAUUACCUUUGCAGUUGGGAGGGGAGGUGCUCUUCAGCUGCAACCAUAAUUGAGUGGUUUGAAUAAGGGAGAGAAGGCGAGGGAGGGGAAGCCAGAUGUGUACAAAGAAGUCCUGCGAGAUGGAUGUUUCACUGCAACUACAACCCCACUUGGCCCUGUAAUUGCAGUUAAGGUGUUUGAUGUUUUGACUGGCUCAGGGGAGCAGCAUUUGCUCUCUACUGCCAUUAUUAGGGAAAAGCCCAGAUGGCGAUAUGAUUCUUUCUAUUAAGUAGUUGUUCUCUCUCUCUCUCGCUGCCAUGGUGGAGCUUGAUGAUCACCAGAAGGAAGCUGCACCACCAACUACAACAACUGUUUCUUUCAAUAUAGCAUGUCAAAAAGGAAGGAGCUUCUUUCUGCUGCCAUGAAGAGAACUAGUGACUGGAUUUUCUCCCAGGAAAUUUCCAGCGAUGUUACAGUUCAUGCUGGUGGAGCUUCUUUCUCAUUGCAUAAGUUUCCCUUGUUGUCAAAGUCAGGCUACAUAAGAAAGCUAGUGUCCGAAAGUAGUGAUGCUGAUCUAUCCGAGAUUCAAAUCCCCGAGAUCCCCGGUGGGCCAGAAGCAUUUGAACUCGCAGCAAAGUUCUGCUACGGAAUCAACUUCGAGAUAAGCACAGAAAACAUUGCAGUCCUUCGAUGCGUGGCAGAGUAUCUGGAAAUGACUGAAGACUGCUCAGUUGGAAACUUGGUGUCGAGAGCAGAAGCCUACCUAAACGAGGUGGUGCUCAAGAGCCUCACUGGUGCAGUUUCUGUCUUGCACCAUUCGGAAAGCCUCGGCCAUAUUGCAGAGAAAGUGAAGCUGGUGAGCCGAUGCAUAGAUGCCAUAGCACUCAUUACCUGCAAUGAAACCAAAUUCUCUAUCUCAGGCAGGUCUGACGGUGGUACUACAUUGGAGGCCCAACCAAAGCCUAUAGUUCAUUGGUGGGCUGAAGAUUUAACUGUUCUCAGGAUUGAUCUAUUUCAGAGAGUUCUAAUUGCAAUGGUGUCGAGAGGGUUCAAGCAGUAUGCCCUUGGCCCUGUACUCAUGCUCUAUGCUCAGAAGUCCCUCCGAGGUUUGGAGACAUUUGGCAAGCCUAAGAAAAAAAUCGACCCGCAACAAGAGCAUGAAAAAAGGGUUGUUUUAGAAACCAUAGUGAGCCUGCUGCCGAGGGAGAGAAAUGCAAUGUCUGUAAGCUUCCUAUCCAUGCUGCUUCGAGCUGCAAUCUACCUCGAGACAACUGUUGCUUGCAGGCUUGACUUGGAGAAGAGGAUGGCUUCACAGUUAGGCCAAGCUGUGCUAGACGAUCUGUUGAUUCCUGCAUAUUCAUUUACAGGGGACACGCUGUUCGAUGUGGAUACAGUGAAGCGGAUCAUGAUGAACUACACUGAAAGCGAAGCGGAAGCUGCUGGGAAAAUCAGAUUGGGUGGGUACCAUGUUGGUGACGAUGAUUAUGGCUCUCUUCAGCUGAGUGAUAUGGAGAGGGUUGGGAAGCUGAUGGAGAAUUACUUGGCUGAAAUAGCCUCGGACCGGAAUUUGGGCGUUUCGAAGUUCAUUGGUCUUGCUGAACUUGUUCCUGAACAGUCGAGGAUUGUGGAAGACGGGAUAUAUCGAGCCAUUGACAUAUACCUUAAGGUGCACUCCCUUAAACUCUCCUCAACGCACAGUUUAGUUUUCUGUUUUAGCACCCGAGUUACAUCUUAUGGAUUUUUCUACAACUAGAACCCGAGUUACAUGGGUCAAUUUUGUAGGGUGAAUGAUUCGGUUCACACUUUUCUCGCCGGCAACCACACCGAACCUGUUUGUGAUAUAAAAAAGAGUUGGACUGAACGAAUGCUAUUAAAUUUUGAUGUCCUGCCGUAUGCUUAAAUUAAAGGAGGAAAACCAAUCAAAUGCAUCAUGAUAAUUGAUAAGCUGAGUCUUCUGAUAGAUUGCAACAGGCUCAUCCAGGGAUAAGCGACAUGGAGAGGAAGAAAGUGUGCAGCGUAAUGGACUGCCAGAAACUCUCUCGUGAGGCCUGCGCUCACGCCGCACAGAACGACAGGCUCCCAGUCCAAACCGUCGUUCAAGUCCUCUUCUACGAGCAACAACGCCUUCGAGACACCAUUGACAACGAUAACAACACUGCCGUCGACCAAUAUCCCACUCCCAAGGUCCCGCUCCACUCCACCGACAUCCAUCCCGUCGUUGUCCCUCCUCAUCAUUACAACGACGAGCUCUCCAUAUUGAAGCGAGAGAACCAGGACCUCAAGAUCGAGCUGCUCAAGAUGAAAAUGAAGCUCAAGGAAAUCGAGAAAUCGUCCAGUACUACUAGUAGUGCCAGGCCAGCAGCUGGGAGUACUACUACUCCAAUGGGGAUCAGCAGAUCGUCACCUUCUGCAGACAAGCCUCCUCUGCCUCCUCCUAAGAAGUCGUUCAUCAACUCGGUGUCGAAGAAGUUUGGGAAGAUAAACCCUUUCGUGCGUCUUGAUGUUGUGUCGCCAUCCAAAGGUCGCACCAGGCCGCCUAAAGAUCGACGCCAUUCUGUAUCUUGAGACCACAACAAGGGAUCGUAUGCGUCAUGUGUUUAUUUGGUAUAUAGUUGCGUCUGUUUCUGUAUUGGCUUUUUCAGGUUUGGGUUACUACUACACUUCUCUGGUUAAUUUGUGUGUUAUGAUAAUGUAAAUAAUAUUUUUGUAACCAUUGGUUGGUGGACCAGGACAAGAACAGAGGCAACUAAAACCGGAAUAUUUCUGUGUUGGAUGAUCAAUGUUUUUUUUCAUGAAGUGAUAUGAUAUUUUUUUUUAUGAAAAGCAAAAUUAA